AGUGGCUCUGCCAUGCGCAUCCACUCAGGUCUUCCGGGCGGCAAAGAGAAGCUGAACUGAGCCCAGGCCAUGAUCCAAUUCCACAACUAUAUAAGGAAGGACCUUCACCCUUCAUAGCCCUCCUUCUCAGCAUCAUCACCAGCACAGCUCGCACAGCAAAGACAGAGACCAUCUCUCAGCCUUUCUACAUCAAUCCAAACCAUCACUCGUAUUCAAUAUGUCUACCAUUGUGACCACUGCUCCUCCUGCCCAGACAUUGUCUCUCCAGACAAUUACCCACCAGGGCGCUUCGGACGAAGAGCUCCUGCAGCUCUUCCGCAAAGUGACCAUCGACAGCGCCGACGGUCAUGACGUCUCCGAGGUGCAAAUCAAGCGGGCAUUCCAGCAGAAGAUCAACCGGCCCUUGGGCCGGCAGGUCCUGGAGGCCUCCUUGUCGCAUGCAAACUCAUGCUCCUGCUACCACUGGAACUACCACGACCGCAUCAGCGGCAAGGUCAACAUCAACCGCGUCGAAUUGACCUUUGACCUCAACUCCAAGAGUAUGGGUCAGUCCGUCAAGGGUGAAGCCGCUGGCUUCUUCAGGCCUACCAGCGCCUAUAUCAAUGCUACCGUCUACUACGACGAUCAGCAGUCCCUCCAGGGCAACCAGAGCGUCCAGGUCUACAUGGAUGGAAGCAAAUUCAUCAUUGACUUCUAUCUCACCGACUCUGCCUCCAAGCCCGUUGCGCGUAUCGUUCAGGAGGCCUCGGCCUUUACCUUCCAGGGCCCUGACACCGGUGAUGCGACCUGGUCCACCUAGUGGGCGCGCCGCGCCCCUUAGGAUCUCCAAUGGGAGUGUGUCCUCACAGUGGUAGUUGAGUUUCGUUGAUGCGGAUCCAGUUUGAAUUAUAUUUCGGGUUUUUUGUCUUUGAGUUUUCUGCUUUUUGUGCUUACCUGUUUUUGUGCUUUGCUGUUCAGUCGCUCCUUAUGAUCGUUAGUCUGGCUUCUUGAUUACUUAGUAUACGAAUGAUAGUUGAUCCG